AAAACUCUGAUACUUUGGUAAGAAAACUAAAAAUGGACAUUUUACGGCGGCAGGCGGGUAUAUCGAGGUAAACAAUCGACCAGUCGAAACAAAAACUGUUUUGUCCUGGGUGCGCCAUCUUGUUUCUAUUUGUUGCAUCUACUGACGGUAGGGUUGCCACGCAACACUGUUACUUCUGGCGGGGAGGGUGAUGCGGUUACUGGGACCACGAGGGGGAGGGGAGUGGAGUUGGGGCGGGGGGCGACAACAGAGGUCGCUGCAGGAGAUGGUGAGGAAGACACAGCAUUAGUUCCACGUCAUCCUAAUCGAACGGGGUUGGCAGGGAGCCAGAUGCAGCCUCGACAACUUAUUAGGGACGCAGCAUUAGUCAGAGGACAGAGGGCAAUCACAGUGCUAGAGAUCGUUAGUGGACGUUCGAUGGGGAACAAAUGGAUGUCGGAUGUUAUCCGCGGGAAAAUGGUCUUUCGAUGACGAUGGACUAGAAAAAUAAGCCAGUGAUCGUAGUCUGAAAAUGCGCUCUUCACUACAGUAAAAAAAAAUGUUAUUUGCUACAACGGAUAGAGAGCUGGAAACAUCAGAACCUUGGGAUGUGUGAAGAGCAGGAACUGUAGAGCUCUGUGGUGACUAAUGCUGCUUACGUACGACUACUACCAGAAUACCUGCCAGAGAUACCCUAGAAACUUCGAACUCCAAACAAGAUUAUCGCAAGUGUCCGUCCCCGAGACUGAGUCAUGAAGCGGGAGGGAUCAGAAGUUCUGAUUCUGUGACAACUAAACAAAAACAAACGAAGUGACGAGAGUUUCCCCUUCAUUAGUAUUCCCCAUACUCCCUACCGCUCGGUAAAUUUAUUUGCAUCCCCGUGUAGUCCCCGCUCGCACACUGUUCAGUGGAGUUUGUAUCAUUUUCACGAGGACGGCGAGCGGGACGUGGUAUCGACCGCCAGACCCGCGAGUUCUGCCCACGACUUGAUCAUCACAAUAUGACUCGGCGCUUCAUCCGGGCAAACGAAGUUAGUCGUGACGAGCAUGGCGAUACCUUGCAGGAGGAGCUGUCUGUACUGGAAGUCUCCUUAACUUGCUUCACUUCAGUUGCCAGAGUGUACGCCAUGAUGAAAGAACUGUCUGGAUGGCAAGACAAGUGAAAACAACUUUUUUCGGGGGUAGGAGUGAGGGAGGGGGAGCAAAACAGAUAACGAAGUAUAAAAUAGAUGUUUUGGAGCUGUCGUUCGGAACAGUCUUUAACCAUUGAUUCGAUAACCUAAGGGACACUAUCGGAACGAAGUUAUCUCCCCUCAGAAAUGUCGGUGGGUUAACCCCACGUUGCGAACCCUGAAAACAGCGGCGUCACAUCCGCUCUGGCAGAAAGAGGACUGCGAGGAAGGAAGGAGGAGGCACGACAAUGGUGUGGAGGGACAGCAGCCAGUCCACAACAAUGGUGCUUUUCAUUUAUUCUCCGGAAGACGUGGUGCAGGCUGGGUCUGGAUACAAAAGUAAAAUGACAUUUUCGUCGCAUGUUGGCGACACUUCCGCGCUUCGUCAACAUCCAACGAGCUCUGUCUUCCUUUUCUCCUCCCUGCUGGCCCUCUCACGCAGUCUCUUCUUCCAGUGAACUCGACAUCAGAGGACGCCGCCUUCUCGUCGCUGAUUUUCCUUCUUCUUCACCUCUGACCCCCGAUGCCCUGAUCUUCUCUGAGGGGAAGACGAAGAUCCCAGGUUCGAGGGCGUUCUCUCCAUCCUUCAAGGGUACCUGUGGGUAACGACCACGUCCUGAAGCUAACAUUAUCCUGCUCGCUGUGAGAACUCCUCAAUGAUCCAACAAUUCCGGGCUCAGGACAGGUCUUCACGUCCCGGCUUUGGCGCUUUCCUGCUGUCUGUGGGACAAUGUUCGCGAACUCACGAAAGACCUCCACAACCUAACCUUCGAGAUAUCAUGUGGAUGUGAGAAGUCUCAUCAUACGAUCGCCAUGAAUCUCAUAACAUCCUCCUCGUCGCCCACAACUUCCCUCAUGACCCUGAAGCCUUCACCUUUACCUUCGCCGUCAGGGUCGCUGGACCUCGCCCAGACGGAGCCCCUAGGGGACGGGGUUUACAGCGCAGAGUUGGUGUGGUGGGCGUGGGUGCUGGCGGAGGUGGUGGUGGCGGCUGUGAUCGUGGUGGGUGACGUGUCGCUGCUGAUGAUGUUCUUCACGCGCAAGCUGCUCGGUCAGUCCACUAACAUCCUCGUCUUUUCCGUCGCCAUCGCAGACCUCAUGACGGGGCUGCUAGUGCUGCCGCUGGACCUGCUUCAGAAGGUGGUGAACGACGAGUCAGGUUACAUGUGCAAAAGUUACUUCUACUUCUCCAACGUGUCCAAGACAGCCGUGAUCUACUCCGUCGCCAUGCUGGCCAUGGAGCGAAUAUUCGCGGCCAUCAGCACCACCUUCCGCAUCCUCUCCCCUGGCCGUUGCCUCUUCUUCUCCAGCCUCACCUGGUUCUUCGCCGCGGCCUACAACAUCUGGUCGGUCGUGUUAUACGACAUUCGCCGUCUGCGCUCUGCGCACGCCCACACUGAUGUCGAGACCGGAAGUGGUGUCAGCGUGGCCGAGGGAGGCACGGAGGAGGAGUCGUCAAUGACGUCAUGGUCGGCGUUCAGCUGGUUUAGCUACAACCGGGGAAGCAGCAGCGCCUACGUGUGUUACUCAUCCUCGCGGUUCGAGUACCUGACGGACAUCUUUGUCGUGCUGGACUUUCUAGUCACCUUCCUGGCUCCCGUCCUGGCAGCUUACAUCCUCUUCGGGGUGUUCUGGAAAAAUCGGAAGGCAGUUCGAGCUCCCGGGCGUCCCUAUCGGUCGUCCACCUCGGUCAUCGUCUUCAUCUUCGCCCUGCUCGUCUGCUUCACCUUCUCGCAUGUGCUAAUCGAGGUCGUGACCCUAGUGAUGCGCAAGCGAGGCCUGACUAAGGCGGAGAGUGGCGACUUGAAGCUGUACAAGGCCAGCCAGCUGCUGUCCUUCACUCGAGGCUUCUGGGAUGUGUUCAUCUUCGGGAUGUUUCGACAUUACGUGUGCCGGAAAGAGAGGGCGCUGGCUUUCUUUCGCGAGAGCAGGUACGGACAAGAUGGCAGCCUAGGCGCCUCCACCGCGCCACGGGCAGGUGAAAGGGGGGACGGGGGACCAAGCUCCCCCUUGACAUGUCUUACCGUCCCCAACACUGGACCCCCUCCGUCCACCAGUCUGCUGGACAGUGACCAGGAGCUUACGCCGCAUGCAUCCAGCGUCAGUGAACAGUGAACAAAGUAAACUGGGAAGUAAACUGUGCUCGGUUACCUCCCUUCCUGGUACGAAUAUACGAAAAUCUUUUACACCCACACCAUCAUUGAUGCCUUUACUUUCGAUAAUAUUUCUUUUAAAUCCUGAACAGCAUUUGUUCUCAUCGUGCAAUGAUUUUUUCCAACCUGUCCUCGUGACUAUAAUCAUCGCAGAAAAACUCACGUAUACCAUCAUUCCCAUCACCACUACACCACCAUGUCUACUAUCAUCAGAUAAAUGUUUAUUCUUUUUUAAUCCUCAAAGAGCAUAGGGCCGCAGAUCAGAUAAAUAAAUAAUCAGAAUUUGUCAUUUUCAGGUACAAUCUAGUUUUUGCAUAUUAUAAAGAAAUCUUUAUCAUACAGCUCAGUUAUUUCUGCUUCUUGUUUUCUUCACUAAGACCAUGCCUUGUGUAGGCUUCAAUUUAAAUGCUAAAAGAUCUUCCAGAAACACUCUGAUAUUUGAUUGACCCAUCAAUGUAGCCUUGUAACAUACAAAAAGACUAUAUGACUCUAUAUCAAAGGUACCACCCAUAAGAAUUCAAAAUACCUUUAGUAAAUAAGGUAAUUCAAUGCAAACCCUGACCUGAAGCACACAGAAGUUUUGUUUUAUUGAUGCUAUUGAUCAUUUGCCAAACUUCCGUUGAAGAGCCAUUGCGGCUGAAAACAUUCGAGCUUCGAUUUUCGGCGACAGGGAAGCUCGGUGUGUCCCAACGCAAAUACUCGUCCUCCCGCCAUCAUCGAUUGUCUCCCCAUUUGAUGUAACAAGAGAAUGAAAGACGUCCUUGACAAGUUCUUUGAGGUCCUGGACAUGAACAAACCUUUUCUCGUGUUUGCAGGCGGUGUUUUGCCUCGGGAGAUUCAAACAUCUGAAGCAAUUUUGAUAGUAUCAUAACAUUUUUCUCUGAAAACGAUAAUGAUCUAAUAUCAAUGGAAUUUAGAACACUUCCCUUUGAAGUACUUAAGGCACUUUAUAUAUAUAUAUCUAAAAAUUUACAUAAUUUAUUUUCGAUUUCAUAUUUAAUACUAUAUUUGCUAGCAUACAUAGCUGGGGCUGUGCAAUUUAUGCCUAUAAGAAGUUGAAAGCACUAUAUAAAUAGUAAACAUAUGGAGAUUGCCUAUAAUAACUGUAGUUUGAUAACAGAUACAUACAAACAGCACAUAGAUGUCCAUCAGCAAAGACAUUUUGAUGUUCAAAUGACGGAGUUAUGUUUUCAAACACGUUCUACAAUAUGAUAUAUUAAUCUUUCUUCAAAAAAUCAAGUAUUGUAAACUUCUUUAAAUUUUGUUAAAAAAUAAAUUUGUAAAAAUUAUAAAUAUAAAUGAACAUAAAAUGAAUGUAUGAAAUGAUCAACCGUUUGACAUAUAUUACAUCAACAUACACUGCAGUAGAGAGCCACAAUGAAUCGUAACCAACUGUAGCAUAAUUUUUCAGCAACAUAAACACAGUUUAAGUCAGUUUUCCUCAAGUAAUAUAACUGGAGCCAUAGGAAACCUCAUUUUUUGGUUGUCCAGUCAGUCUACAUCAAUUUAAGUCAGACACGAUAAAAUACUUUCUCCUCUCUCUACUGAAGCCCUGUAGUUGUAUGCUAACAUGUAUGCAACAGGCUUUAGGAAGGUGUUACAUCAUGUAAGGACUCCUUUCAGACUUUUAAAGUCAUUUAACUAAAAACGAAUCCCUCUAAAUCAUCAAGACAUUUUUGUCGUCAGACCACAUGUACAUUUAACAAAGCUUCCCUGGAUGAAAAUGCUUGUUUGUCAUCAUUCCUAAAAGCAGACUACUUUUAUAUCAAUAUUUACAGCUUUGGGCAUCACAUCUAAUUAAGAAAAUAAAAUUUUUCAUUUUAA